AUGUCACAGGUAGUGCUUCGCCGGAACCACAAAUUUGGCCAGAACCGGAAUUUAAAUUUUGACCGAAUCCGGAACUGGAACUUCCGGCGAAGCACUAGUCACGGGUUAUUCGAAAUCCAUGGAUUUCCUGCUGUUACUAAAAAAUCAGUUUGUUCGCAAAUUUCAUCCGCAAAUAAAUUUUUAUCUUUUAAAACCCACAAAAAAAUUUUUCCUCAAAUUUUAAAGGAAUUUCUUCAUAAAAUAGUCGGUCUAUCCUACAAAGGAGAUGUACGUAUGGGAUGGGCAGAAGAUUCGAAAAAAAUUGAUAAAUUGGUAGAAGGUGCAAAUGAACAACUCAGAAUGCUUUAUAUUCCUUUAUUAAAAAAGUUUGUGGAAAUUUCAAAAAAAAUUUUUUUGAAUUUUUUUAGUGAUAAACAAAUUUCGGUAGAAAAUGAUGAAAUGAUUGAACAGGAUAAUUCAAUCCAAACAGUAUUUCAUCGUCUCCAAAUGCUUCCCUAUUUUGUACAAAGAGGCCUUUGUAAUUCUUAUUAUCCUUCGAGGAGGUUUAGACGGUACAAUACUAAUUUAGACAUUGAGGAAUUAAUUUACCACAUUUCUCAUCGUUAUGAUGUUCCAGAAAGACUAGAUUUAGUUUUACAAAAAAUUGUUGGUCAUUCAAGUAAACACCAAUCAAUUAAAAAUGCCUUCACAGCUGGAAUUUCACGUUCAUUUAAAUAUAUUUGGCCAAAAUUAGUAAAAGGAAUAUUAAGGAAGUAA